UCCCCGGGGAAGGGGGUGGUGCUGCCGCUGUUGCCGGAAGUGAAGAUGGCGGCGGCCUCUUCGGAGCUGCUAACGGGCUGGUGCCUUUUCGGCCUCUCGCUGCUGGCUAUUCUGGCUUUUUGCUGGGUUUAUGUGCGCAAGUACCAGAGUCGACGAGAAAGUGAAGUAGUUUCUACCAUAACAGCAAUUUUUGCAUUGGCAAUUGCACUUAUCACAUCAGCACUUCUGCCAGUGGACAUUUUUCUGGUUUCGUAUAUGAAAAAUCAAAAUGGCACAUUUAAGGAGUGGGCUGAUGCUAAUGUCAAGAGACAAAUUGAGGACACAGUACUAUAUGGAUAUUACACUUUGUAUUCCAUUGUAUUGUUCUCAGUGUUUUUGUGGAUCCCUUUUGUCUACUUCUAUUAUGAGGAGAAGGAUGAGGAUGAUACCAGCUCAUGCUCCCAAUUUCAAGCUGCACUCAAGUAUACUCUGGGAUUUCUCAUGGUUUGCGCAGUUCUUCUUCUAAUUGGUGCCUUUGUUCCGUUGGAUGUUCCCCAGAAGAGAAAUUCCACUGAGUGGGAGAAAGUGAAAUUCCUGUUUGAGGAACUUGGAAGUAGUCAUGGUUUGGCUGCCCUAUCAUUUUCCAUUAGCUCUUUGACCUUGAUCGGAAUGUUGGCAGCUGUCACUUACACAGCUUAUGGUAUGUCUGCUUUGCCUCUAAACUUGAUAAAAGGAACUAGAAGUCCUACUUAUGAACGUUUGGAGAACACUGAAGAUAUUGAAGAAGUAGAACAGCGUAUACUAAGGAUUAAAUCAAAGCAGUGCAAAGAUGGUCGGCCUUUACCAACAAGGGACAGACGAACCCUACAGCAACUUGAAGAGAGGCUAAGGAUACUUCGAAGGAGAGAGAGACAUCUGGAAUUUAUUGAGAAAAGCUGCUGGACAAAAUUCCGUGGAGCCAUGCGACCUCUACAAAUCAUAUGGGGAGUAUUUUUCAUCCUUGUGGCACUGUUGUUCACCAUUUCUCUCUUCCUAUCAAACUUGGACAAAGCUCUACAUUCAGCUGGCAUCAAUUCUGGAUUUAUAAUUUUAGGAACUAAUCUGACCAAUCCGUUGAAUAUGCUUUUACCUGUUCUACAAACUGUUUUUCCACUUGAUUAUAUCCUCAUUACAACAAUUAUUAUGUAUUUUAUCUUCACUUCAAUGGCAGGGAUUCGAAACAUGGGUAUAUGGUUCUUUUGGAUAAGGUUGUAUAAGAUUAGAAGAGGUAAAACUCGGCCUCAAGCACUCUUAUUUCUCUGUAUGAUACUUCUCUUGAUUGUUCUUCACACAAGUUAUAUGAUCUACAGUCUUGCACCUCAGUAUGUCAUGUAUGGAAGCCAAAAGUACCUGGUUCAGCAUAAUAUGACACUUGUUGAUGGCCAGCCAGGGAAUGUUACAACAUAUGUGCCUAAAGUCUGUGAUGCAGAUGCCCCAAAAGAUCAGUGCACUAUUACUCGGACAUACCUUUUCCUUCAUAAGUUUUGGUUCUUUAGUGCUGCCUAUUACUUUGGGAACUGGGCAUUCAUUGCAGUCUUUUUAAUCGGAUUAAUUGUGUCAUGUUGCAAAGGGAAGAAAUCAGUCAUUGAAGGAGAAGUGGAUGAAGAUGAUUCAGACAUAAGUGAUGAUGAACCAUGUGUCUAUUAUGGUUGACAGCCUUUUGUCCUAAAGGUUAAAAAAAAAUGUGAUUUAAAAUUGUCUGAAAGUCAUGUUUAUGUGGAAUUUUAAUCCAAAUGUUAAGCUUGCGGUAAAAAUAAAUUUAGAGAGAGAGUGGGAAUGUUAAUUUAAAAGGGGGUGGAAAACUGAAUAUUUUUUGUUUCCUGAAGAAUACAUCACUGUAUCGUAGCAGAGCUAUUAUUGAAUUGGGUUGAAAUAAUAUAUAUAAAAUGUACUGUUUUUAUGAUGGAACGCUUAUGUGACAUGUUUUCUAAUGUACAAUUUGAUAUUGUGAGUGCAGUUGAUAAUAUUUCAGAGUUAAUGUUGCCCUUCUGUUACUAGCUUUUGGUUUCUUAAAUUUCUUUCAUGUCUGACUUGUAUGACUUUUACAGCGAGGUUGAAUUUAUAGGGAAUUACAUUUAAAAAUCAUACUGAAACAGCUGGUAAACAAACAUUGCUUGAAAGACUCAGCUAAAGUUCCUUCACUUUCCAGAAGUGUGGCAAUUUAUGUAUAAUUAAUUUUUGCAAUAAUAAUUUCACUGCCGUUACUGUGAUAUGCAUAUAAAGUUAUAGUCCAUGAGAUAGUGUUUAGAUUUACAGGAAUAUCUUUAAAUGUGCUAAAACUACAUACCAUGAGCUCCAGAGUUCAUUCCCAAUAUGCUAGAAAUAAACAAGUUGUGUAAACUUCCACUGUUUCUGACGCUUAGCCACGACCAUAUUUCCAUUUACUAGAUUACUGAAUUUUCUGGCAACCAGGAUAUAGCCUUUGCUCUGUUACUCUGAUAUGUGAAAGUUAAAAAUAUUAUUCCGUAUUAACCAUACUACACAGCAUCUUGGCAGUGUUUCUUCAAAAUGUUAUAAGAUCUAAAACUGUUGUGAUUAAACUCUUUACUGAGUAGUAUUAACCACAUGGAUUAAUUAAAACAUGAGGUUAAUUAUGAUGUUUCUAUUUUUUCAGAAUAUAUUAAUACAAAUUCUCUGGAUUAAGGCUAUUUUUCCUAUCUGAAAUAUAGUCAGUAUAAUCAUUGUCAUUUAAAAUAAGUCAUUAAAAAUGAAAUACAAACAUAAUUGUAACAGUGUAAACAUUAAAAAGUUUAAUUCUACGAAACUAGAUGUUUUCUUUGUAUACUUUUUUUGUAAAAUAAAUUUACAAUCUUACCUAUA